UGUACACUCCUUUACCUGAGUGAAAGAUUACGCACCAGGAAGCUGAAAGGACAUAGGCCUACUGUACACCUGGUUUGUUGGCCGUAACGCGAAGCUGCGGAUUGUUGCCUCUGCUACAGGAGCAUCGCCCAUUAAAGACUCAUUCAAGUUUCCUAGACGGUGGUGACUUAGGGAAGCAGAAUUAAAUUCCUGUUUUUAAUGGCUUGUUGGUUUCCUCUGCUCGUUGGACUGCUCCUAUCGGUGGUUCUAAAUAUCUCAGAGAGCCAAACUGUGUCCCUAACUCUGGACCAGGGAGCGAGGGUCACCAUCUCCAGGCAGGGGCCCACGGGUCCAGACUGCACUGUGUGCGUCACAGAGGGCUCCAUCAAAAGGUGUUCCAUGGAGGCCAUCAAUGGCACCAACAGAAUCUCUGUGGAGUUUACUUGCCCCCAGCCACACAAAUUCUUCACUGUGGACAUAAACCGGAAGAUUGUUUGCAAAGGGACCUCCUGCAGUGGGGACAUCAUCCAGAGCGAACCAUCGCAGUUUCAGGAUUUUAACAGAACCUUCACUUGGGAUCUGGAGCCUGAGCGCCCGAGGUCCUUCCGUCUGAGCUUCACUGGUGUGGGUCUGAGGCAGGUCCUGCCCUCUGAGACGUGCCCAGGUCUGCACACCUACACCAUAGUGACUAACCAGUCCACCGGAACGACUGCCAUCGGAACCUUCUGCCCAAGCGGCACGAUCUCCUCCAUCCUGGCUCUAUCCCAGAGCCAGGUGGUGCUGCAGGUCCCAGGGGGGCAGAGCCUGGACCCCGCCACCUUCAAGGUGUCUGUUGGCCCAGAGAUCAAAACUCUUGCAUUAGUUAAAGUGGUGCUGCCUUCCGGGUCAUCAGCUACCAAAUUCUUCUCUCCCAACUACCCUGUCAGCUUCCCCGAUGAUGACCUGAUGACCUGGGAUUUCGAAGUCCCGUCACUGCACAAUUACACCGUGCAGUUCCUGAAUUACACAGAGCCUCAGUGUAUCAAGAAGGACGUGUCGGUGGAGUACCACAGGACUGGCAAUAUUUUCAUCGGCAAGACUCUGCGGGAUCCACAGCCUGCCAACAGGCAAGGGAACUUCUCCUUGACUCUGAGGAACUGUGAGAUGGACACCAAGGUCAAACCUGGCCUCACCCUGAACUUCCAGGUCUCUGUGGUCAUGCAAGCAAUUUGUGCUGUGGACCUGCAAAAGCAAGAAGGAGUCGUACUCUCCAUUGCGAAGAAAGACCCCAGCUCACACUGCCGAAUGAAAAAGGACUCUGUUGUCCAGGAGACAAUCAAGAUAGCCUCAGGAAAUAUUUACAACCUAUCUUUCCCAGGCUGUGUGAGUGAAGAACUCAUACUAACCAUGAACAAAACCAUUGAGUGUCAGCAGUUGACGAAGUGCCUGGGGAGCAGCGUGUCUCUUUCUGCCCCCGCCCUGCCGCCGUGUCUGCCCACACCCCUACGUAGCAUCACCUGGCAUCUGCGUCCCCCGCAGCAUGGAACAGUGGAACUGCUGCAGCCUACGGGCAACCUGCGCCAGUUAGUGGGAGAACAACCCUGCAAUGCCAGCUUCAGCCUCACAGUCAAGGAGGAGAACGGAGACACUGUCGGAACCUACUGCCCAGUUGGCCCUAUUCAGAAGAUCCAGAUCCACUACAACGUGUCUGUCAUUGCCACGCCCACCUCCAGAAAUGGCCUCAGCAAGGCCUCAAUGCCCUUUCUCAACGUUUCCUUCAACAAAGAGAUCUCAGAGAGAUACAUCUUUUCAGUCGUACCCCGGAAGGGUGUGCCAGUCCUCCUAGCCACACCCAACUGGCCAGGCGGGAUGGAUGCCUACUCCACGGUUUCGUGGAUCGUUCAAGUGCCCCCAGCAUACCGUGCCAACCUGCUGUUCCUCGAUGUCAACCAGCCCAAGUGCAGCAGUCGACACACAGUGAUGAAGGUGCAGACGCUGGGCUCCCGUGAAGAGAUGUUCAGCCGGCGGGAGGACGAGAAUGCUGCCGUUGAGCUCAGUGUCCCAGAGACCUUCUACCUCAACAUGUCCAGCUGUGAGUCAGAAGAAGGAGUCUUCAGUGUGCUCUCCCAGAUUACACUGCAGGAGAAUACCCUAGUAGUAGCUGUCGCAGUAGUAGUAAUAGUGGUAGUGGAUGUUGUUGUAGCGGUGGUAGUAGUAGUGGUGGUAAUAGACAAAAACAGUGUAGGUGAGUACAUGAUCCUGGUGUGUGUGGUGAUCAGGAAGAAGAAAGCGCAGGCGCCUGCAAACGUUUCCAUCUACAACCCCAAUGGUGUCUCCUUCGUCCCGGGACAUUACCCGUUCCCUAAAUCUCGUGCAGACAACGAGUCUCACAUCUACGCGUCCAUCGAGGACACCAUGGUGUAUGGCCACCUACUGCAGGGCUCUGAUGAGCCCUCACCUGUCACCGACCUUGAGGGCAGGCCACAGGUGGACAUUUACCGAUCCUUCACUGGGCCCACGGAAGCCCCGCCUCCAUUGCUGCCUCACAUCCGCAGGCAGGAGAAGCUUCCGGAGAUCGGGGCCCCUGAAGUGGACGUGUACCGCCCUUUCAUACACCCGUCUGAAAGCGCCCUGCCCAUGCAGCACAAGCCUUUGACCCCUGAGGAACACAUGGUGGAAAACGAGGUGUACAGCCCUGGCAGCAAUGGAGUCCCCUCUCCCCAUUCCCUCACUCCCGGCGCUGACAGCAAACAAUGACCAUAGCCAGAGCAAUGCUGAAAAGGGAGGAUGUGUGUGUGUGUUUGUGUGUACACAGUAUAUGUGUGUGCUGGGAGGUGCACAGGGAAAUGUAAGGAAUGUAAGGAAUUUACAUAAAACGUAAAAUAUUUCUCCACUUGCAAUUUAACUUUUUCCUAGUAUGGGCUUUAGGGUUCCAGAAUGAUAAUAUCCACCCACCAUGCCUCGUUCUCUCUCUCUCUCUCUCUCUCUCUCUCUCUCUCUCUCUCACUCACUCACGCACUCGCACUCGCACUCGCACACGCACACGCACACGCACACGCACACACACCACAUUUUAUCAUAGCCGUCUUUUUACUGACCUCCACUGGACUAAUGUAACUUCGGAGGUUUUUUAAUAUCCGGCAAGUUUUUUUAAACGUGGAGCUCAAGUAAAAAUAUGCAGAGAAACCUAUUUUAAUUUGUCUAUUUAAUGCCUCUUUACGUUUAUAUAAAUUCACUUUUGAAACAUUUUGCACUACAUUCUUUACAAAUCCCAUCCACAUUUUAGAAAUCUAUUUUUAAAUCUUUGAAAUACAUUUCAGACCCCUUAAUGCUGCAACACUUGAAUUUCUUGAGUAAUAGUAAAUAUAAAACAAAACGGGUGUAUAAAGUUGAAGAAAUUGGGAAAACAGAGGGUUUCAGAUACUAAAUGGAACAAUUAAGUAAAUGUUGGGAGUGUUUGCAGUGACUAAUUCUUAUUUCUCAUCAUUGGGUUGCUUCCAGCACGUGCCAUAAUUGACAUUUAUUUGCAUUUCUGAAUGUGUUGGUCCGCUAUGGUCACCACCCUUGGCCAAAGAAAGUUUAUGUAAGUUGUUUAUAUUGAAAUGUUUUUAUUUUCUUUAUUUCUAUUUCGAUUGAGCAUAGUUAUUUAUUUCGAAAUGUCUACCAUAAUAUUUGUAUUUUGCUGAUAUUCUGUGCUUGUUUGAACAGUUGUAUUUUCUCUAGUACUCUGAUUCCAAAAUAAAUGUUCAGUUACAAAGUUGAGCUCAA